GCACAUUUGGAUCCUCUCCUGUCAGGGUCAGAGCAGGUGCCUGGUCUCCGGCAGUCGUCUGAGUGGCUUGGUGCAUUUCUUACUCAACCAUCUGUGGAGCUGUUGCUGUGCUGUACCGUGGUAACCAGCCUCUGAUCCCACAAUUUUCCAAGUGAGUCAUAACAGCAGUGGGCUUCUGUGGGAGAUCUGUUGUUCAAUGAACUUGGCACCUCAUCGAGGGCUCUGAAUUAAGAACAGGGUACCGGCUGAGAACCAGCCUCCUGCCUUUGAAGUUGACAGCCUAUCCUCUGCCCUCUGCAAGAGAACUCUCAGGGCAGAAAUUGGAGAGAUUUCCAUCCCUGGCAUCCUGAUUGGCAGUUAGUUCAAUGGGCCUUCCCCCAAGGAGGUGGCACGGGACUUUGGCCAACUUAACAGAUGGACAAGAACACUGUUGUCAGGUCUAAAUCGCAUCCCAGAAGUGGGGUGAAGGAUCAAGAUUGAGAUUGAUGUGAAGGUGUUGAAGACGUGAUCAGGAGGUGGAUAGAGGAGGCAGUGAAUGGGAAAUAUGGUGAAUGGUUGUGAAAGGAUGUUAUUAAAGACUUCAUUGCGAAGAAAGAACGUGGGGAGCUUUUGAUACAAAAGAUGGGAUCUUACAGAGAAGCUCUACUUGAAAAGACUGAGCUUGCCAAAAGCAGUGAUGGACACGUUCAUUUUGGUGAUGCAGUGUUACUUAUUAAUCCUGGUACUGAAACCAAACAUGCAACCAACAUCCAUCCACUUCGUCGUCCCAUGGCAUUGAAUAUGAAUGUUGAUCAAAGUAGAUUCCUGACAAGUACAAAGGUUGAUUCACCGUGUGAAGUGAGUGCCAGCCUGGACUUAAGCCCCACUAUUAGAAAUACUUUUGUUGUUACAAGUAUUGAUGGCAGUUGUGUUGGUGAACCUCUCCGAUAUGGACAGAGCUUUGCCCUCAGAACAUUGGAAGGGGUCUCUGGGCAGCUGUACCUGACAAGUGAUACCAAGUUAUUUGUGAAGUUUGCCAAAAGAUCCCGGAUGCAGCUCGUGAAUUUGUUAGAUGAGCUCUCAUUCCUAAGUUGUUGGCAGGUCUUAUACUUGGAUCCACAGUUGCGCCUUGAAUAUGAUGGAUACCCAGUACAAGCAAAUGUAAAAGUACUUAUCAACCAUGUCCGUACGAACCAGGCUUUAGCAGCUCUUCAGAAGUUCUCUUUCUGGACCGCAUUUGGAAGAGAAUAUGAAAUCACUACCAACACCUUCUAUGAUAGCCAUCGAGCUGAAGAGGACUUGAACCACUGGGUUAUUGUCACUGGAGAUCCUGGUGUCCCACAUGGCACCUUGUUUCAUGCACUUCCUCCCUUUUGUGAGGAUGAGAUGCCAACGAAGAAUCGUAGGCAGCCUUCACCUAGCUGCUCAACCCAACCGCCCACUUGUUAAUUGACAGAGCUAGAGCUAUUGUUUCUUCUAGUCUACUGAAUAGCAAAGUCUCACUUCCUCCUCUACAUUCCCCCAGUCAACAAUUCUGUCAACAGCAUUGGCAAUUAUGAGCCUCAGUACUAGCCAGGAGGAUCAUCAUCAAUUAGGACACAUUUUAAAAAGCUGCAAGUUUCUUCGAUUUCCUGCAAAAUAUUAUAGUGUUCAUUGCUAAACUUCUCUAAUUUGAUUGAAGUGCAACAAAAAAUCGGAAUGAUAAGCAAAGAUUAAAUACUGACAAAUGUAGGAGUACAUGAUUACACUUAUUUUAAUAAAUCAGCUAGUCUUUCAAGAGAAGUUUUUUGCAUUCUUCAACUUAUGGACAAUUAUAUAGACGUUAAAGGAAAACAGGAUCAUGUUUGGAUCUUGACUUUGUCAACAGUAGGCUUUCAAUGAAGUCUUUUUCAUUAUUCAUCUUAGUUCAUACACACAGACAUAUGAAAUAGGAGCAAAAGUAGGCCAUUCAGCCCCUUGAGUCUGCUCUAUCCUUCAAAAAUAUUGUGGCCGAUUUGUUUGUGUUUCGAAUUCCACAUUCUCAUCUACUCUCAAUAACCCUCAAUUCACUGGUCCAACAAGAAUCUAUCCACCUGUUUUAAAUGCAGUGACCCCACCUCCACUGCCUUCUGAGGCAGAGUGUUCCAAAGUCACACAAUCCUCUGAGAGAAAAUGUUUCUCCUCAUCUCUGUCCUGAAAGUCUGAGCACUAAUUAUAAAACUGUGAUCUCUAGUUCUGGACUGACACACAAGAGGAAAGACCCAUUCAAGACCAUUCAGAAUCUUGCACACUUCAAUCAAAUCACCCGUCUCUCUGCUAAACUUCAGUAGUAGUGAGCCCAACUUAUUCAACCUACCCACAGAAGACAGCCUGUAUAUUCUUGGUAUCAUUCCAGUUAUCCUCCUCUAAAUCACCUUCAAUGCAUUUACAUCUGUAAACAAGGAGACUAAAACUACACACAGUAUUUGAGAUGUGGUCUCACCAUUAUUCUGUAUAACUGAAGUGUA